AUGGAAACAUCAGCUGCGUCCGUUACAGUUUCAGUAGCUAUAGUUGCUGUGUUGUGGUGGGUAUGGAGAACCUUAAACUGGGUUUGGUUUAAACCAAAGAUGCUUGAAAGUUACCUGAGAAGACAAGGCCUUUCCGGCAGUCCUUACAAGCCACUCGUUGGUGAUGUGAGAAGGGAUUAUAACAUGUCAAUGGAGGCAAGGUCCAAACCCAUCAAAAUAACGGAUGAUAUCAUCCCACGUGUUGUGCCUUUCCCUUCGCACAUGCUCAAGACUUACGGAAGGACAUUCUUUACAUGGCGUGGACCUAUACCAACCAUCACCAUUACGGAUCCUGAGCAAAUCAAGGAAGUGUUCAACAAAAUAUAUGAUUUCCAGAAGCCACAUUCAUUCCCUUUGAGCAGACUCAUAGCCACUGGGCUGUUUAGUUAUGAUGGUGAUAAAUGGGCUAAACACCGAAGAAUCAUCAACCCUGCCUUCCACCUUGAGAAGAUCAAGAAUAUGAUACCUGCUUUUCACCAGAGCUGCAGCGAGGUUGUUGGCAAAUGGAACAGUAUAGUCUCGGACAAAGGGUCAUCUUGUGAGGUGGACGUUUGGCCUUGGCUUACUAGUAUGACUGCUGAUGUGAUCUCUCGUACUGCUUUUGGCAGCAGCUAUAAAGAAGGGCAGAGGAUAUUUGAGCUCCAAGCAGAACUAGCACAGCACCUUUCACAAGCUUUUAGGAGAAUUUUCAUCCCUGGAUACAGAUACUACCCAACGAAGGGUAAUAGAAGGAUGAAAGCAGCAGCUAGAGAAGUCCAAGAUAUACUGAGAGGGAUAGUUAACAAAAGGUUAAGGGCCAGAGAAGCUGGUGAAGCACCAAGCGAUGACUUGCUAGGCACACUUCUUGAAUCAAAUUUAGGACAAGCUAAAGGAACUGGAAUGAGCAUCGAGGAUGUGAUAGAGGAGUGCAAGUUGUUCUACUUCGCCGGGCAAGAGACAACUUCAGUACUUCUUGUCUGGACAAUGGUUAUGCUAAGCCAACACCAAGACUGGCAGGCUAAGGCACGAGAAGAAGUGAAGCAAGUUUUUGGUGAUAAAGAACCUGAUACAGAAGGUCUUAACCAUCUCAAAAUUAUGACGAUGAUACUAUAUGAGGUCCUUAGGCUAUACCCUCCAGUUAUCCAGCUUACACGAGCCAUUCACAAAGAGACGAAGCUCGGUGACCUGACGCUGCCAGGUGGCACUCACAUCACUCUACCUGUUAUGCUAGUCCAACGAGAUACCCACAUGUGGGGAAACGAUGCAGAGAAUUUCAAGCCCGAUAGAUUCAAAGAUGGUGUCUCAAAGGCAACAAAGAGCCAAGUCUCAUUCAUUCCCUUUGCGUGGGGACCGAGGAUCUGCAUAGGACAGAACUUUGCAAUGUUGGAGGCAAAGAUGGCAAUGGCAUUGAUACUACAGAGAUUCUCCUUCGAGUUUUCGCCUUCUUAUGUUCAUGCUCCUUACAAUGUCUUCACCCUUCACCCACAGUUUGGUGCUCAUCUUAUCCUCCACAAGCUAUAAAUUCCAUAACCACAAGACAAUAAAAACACUGGAUGUGGCCCCAUUAUUUAAAUUUAAUUUACUUUUUUCAAGCA